UGGUGAAACCAUUCUCAAAGGCCUGCAGUCCAUUUUCCAAGAGCAGGGAAUGACUGAGUCGGUGCACACCUGGCAGGACCAUGGGUACUUAGCAACCUACACCAACAAAAAUGGCAGCUUUGCCAAUUUGAGAAUUUACCCCCACGGAUUGGUGUUGCUGGACAUUCAGAGUUACGACAGUGAUGCGCAAGGCAACAAAGAACUUGACAGUCUUCUGAACAAAAUAGAAGAACGAAUGAAAGAACUGAAUCAGGAAAGUACUGCGAGGGUGAAGCGAUUACCACCCAUUGUUCGAGGAGGAGCCAUCGACAGAUAUUGGCCCACUGCCGACGGCCGCCUGGUGGAGUAUGACAUCGAUGAGGUGGUGUAUGAUGAAGAUUCACCUUAUCAGAACAUUAAAAUCCUGCACUCGAAGCAAUUUGGUAAUAUUCUCAUCCUCAGCGGAGAUGUCAAUUUGGCAGAGAGUGACAUGGCGUAUACCCGGGCCAUUAUGGGCAGUGGCAAAGAAGAUUACACUGGCAAAGAUGUCCUGAUUCUGGGCGGUGGCGAUGGGGGCAUAUUAUGCGAAAUCGUGAAACUGAAGCCAAAGAUGGUCACGAUGGUAGAGAUUGACCAAAUGGUGAUUGAUGGGUGUAAGAAAUACAUGCGAAAAACGUGUGGCGAAGUCUUAGACAAUCUUAAAGGAGAAUGCUAUCAGGUUCUAAUAGCAGACUGCAUUCCCGUCCUGAAGAGGUACGCCAAAGAAGGGAGAAUGUUUGAUUAUGUGAUUAAUGAUUUGACGGCUGUUCCUAUCUCCACGUCUCCAGAGGAAGAUUCCACCUGGGAGUUUCUCAGACUGAUUCUUGACCUUUCAAUGAAAGUAUUGAAACAAGAUGGGAAAUACUUUACACAGGGGAACUGUGUCAAUUUGACGGAAGCCCUGUCGCUCUAUGAAGAACAGCUCGGGCGCCUCUAUUGUCCUGUGGAAUUCUCCAAGGAGAUCGUCUGUGUCCCUUCCUACUUGGAAUUGUGGGUGUUUUACACUGUGUGGAAGACGACUAAGCCGUGAAGAUGAACGUCUCCCAUCAUGUGUGACCGCCACGCGUUUGAUGGCCUCCGAAUAAGUUGGGCAAUUGAUUGUGAAUUCCUGGUGUGUUUUUUUUUAAUUAUUAUUAUCUUUAAUUUAAAAAAGCAAAUGGAAAAUGUAUAUUUUGAUGCGCUAGGGUGAUCUUUUUUUUUCUAAGUCAGCUUAAGGACGAUCUAGCAGCAGUCAAGGCUGCUACAUGCACUGAACCCCUAGAAUGUGAUUUUUGUUUAUUUCCCCCCUCCUCCCCUGUUUGAUUUUGAUUUUGGUAGACCUUCAAUUUGAAUGUUUGGAGGAAUGAGCAUCAUUAUUUUGUUCCUGAGGGAGGUUCUUUUCCAAAAAUUGACCUAUUAAGAUUUGGUGCUUAUAAAAGAGAGUUAAAGGAAAUGAAUAGCAUUGCUCCCAUUAAAGUUACAAAAGAAAAA